AUGUCAAACUUCGUAGAGGUGGAGAAGUAUGUGCGCAAUUUGCGUGAUUACUUCGACAAACGCCCGGAGGAAUCCACCGCUUCAGAAAAGUACCUCCUGGUAUAUACCGCUUUUUUGCAGAUAAAGGAACACGCGUCACCACUGCAGCUCAGGCGGAAGCUUUUAACGGAGCUCGCGCCGCAUAGAAGGAAAAUCAAGAGUAUAAAUAAGAAGUUCGCCGGCAUCAUACAGCUAGAGGCGUUCUGCAAGAGCGAAUUCGUGUGGAUCGAGCAGCAGAAGGCGACCGAGUCAAAGAAAAAAGAGGAACGAAAGGAAGCGGCGGACCAUGGCAACAACGCUGAGUGUUCAGAGAACCAGGGCAAGAAAUUCGAGGUUGCAGAGAACCAAGGCGAUAACGUUGAGUCUGAGGAGAACAAGGACGAUAACGUUGUAGACGGACCACACGCUAGGCAGUCUACUGUAGAAAAGCCAAAGGAAUCAAUGAAACCUAUGCUGUGUAACAAGAAAAGGAUGAAAUCUGCCUCAUUGAGAAAACCUGGGACAGCAUUUGCAAACUCCAUCAUUACCAUCCGCUGGACAUCCACAGUGCGUGUCUCCGCCGUACAUCUCCUCAGCUCGACUUAG